UCGUACUCGAUCCGCCUGCGGAUGGAGGGGCGGUGGAUGAGUUUUGGUGGAUUGCGAUUUCAUGAAACGGGGAGCUAGCCUUUCGUGAUGUGGAAAUGCGAGUGAAUAUCGCAGUAAAUCAACAAUACGCACGGAAAAAGUCACCUCAAAGACAAAAGACAAAACGACCAGCCCCAUUCGAGAUGGGAGUAUUCGCCCCAUACUCAAUCUAGAAGGCCCGUGGUUGUGUGCUGGUUUAGGGAAAGUUUUAGUGAAAAAAUGAUCGCUUCCGGAUCUCUCUCGUUUCCCCACACGGUAGCAGCAAAAGCACGGGAAGCACGGGUCGGGGCCUUGGGCGCACGCUAGAACCAACAUCAACGACUUCCAUAGACAGGGCGGGAGAUCGACAUCGAUCGGAAUCCCAAACGAUGGGUGACUCGGUGAAAGAUAAGGAACAAAUGAAUGAAAGAGACAAAGGACCGUGCGUCAAGCAAGACACGAGUUACACACCACCCAGGCACGAGUUACAGGCACCGCCCGUCGCACAGGAUGGACAGAGAAUGAACUCCGUUUCCUCGCCAUUCUCGACUUCUCUAGCGGGAUGGGCCGCAUACCUCUUUUUUGCAAGUUCCGAGCCGAACCAAGCUCCGGCCGGUGCAUAAACCCUCCACUCUUCAUUCUCCAUUCAUUCUUUCGUUUGACGCCAAGCAGAGUUCAGUUAUGCCAUAGAUCACGCGCUUUUACAUGAUGAUGGGUAACUUUGAUCCAUUACCCGUAGUAAGCAGCAAUGCUGUCAUUACUAAAAAUCAAGUGUCCUCCGGGAAUGACGUGCUUUCGUGGGAUUCUAACGAGUGCGAUCUGUUCACUACCACCCACGGCGGCCUCUGUAUCCCAAUCUAGCGUCUGGAGAAUAUGUAUAAGGACCUACACAUCGCACCACGAUCAACGAUCAUCAGCAAUACCAUGUCCUUUUCGAGCCCCUCCUCCUUGUAUUCGUCAGUCUACUUCUCAUCACCCCCCUCCUCCCCUCCAUCCACACCACCUCUCACAUCCCCAUACCCUUCCUAUGCAAACAAACCCAAAGUCCUCUUGAUUGGCGACUAUUGCGGCCACGAAACCUUUGAUAAACAGAUCCGCGAAAUCGCCGAGGUACAUACUCUCCCCACAGUUACGUACGACGAGACAGUAGAGUUGAUCAAACAAAAAGUGGAACAAGUCGGCGGAGGCUUUGUCGCUUUUGGGGGCUUAUUCACUAGCAUGGACACAUUCCCCGACCGAUGGGACGCCACCCUUCUCUCCCCGCUUUUACCAUCCUGCAAACUCUUCGUCGGUCCUGGGGCGGGUUACGACAAAGUCGACGUCCCAUGGCUUACUUCCGUCGGAGCCAUGUACGCCAACGCACCCACCAUUGUGGGCAAGAGGACGGCAGAAGGAGCAUUGGUGCUGACGUUGGCUGCAAUGAGGGGGGUCGUGAGGUAUGAUAUGAGUGUAAGAAAGGGAGUAUGGGGCGAUAGGGGCGUUAGAACUGUUGAUUGGAAGACCGCCAAGAUAGGCAUCAUAGGCCUCGGAUCAAUCGGAUCCCACCUAGCUUUCCUUCUAUCCUCCAUCGGCGCCACUUCCAUUUUCUACCAUUCCCGUCGCCCAUCCCUUCACGCCGCAUCCAACCCAGCGUGGACGUAUCUUCCCAAUCGGGACGACCUUUACGCCCAGUCAGACGUCAUCAUCCUGGCAUGCCCAUUGACAAAAGAAACAGAAGGUAUGAUUGGACGGGCAGCGUUUGGGAAGAUGAAAGAUGGAGUGAUUUUGGUCAAUGUGAGUAGGGGGAAGGUGGUCAAGGAGGAAGAGCUGGUGGAAGCUCUGGAGAGCGGCAAAGUAAUGCGAGCAGCGCUAGAUGUUUUCGAAAACGAACCUACCGUCCACCCAAAUCUCCUCACGAAUCCCAAUGUCAUCCUAUCUCCCCAUGUCGCUCCCGCUCCCGACUCCAUGGGCCCAUAUAUAAAAGGCGAAGUCAUCGAAAACAUUAUCCACUAUCUCCAAACCGGUAUGCCGCUCACACCCAUUAACUUGCCCCAGCUCAAAGCUGAAGGCUGGGAGGUUGAUGGGAAGGAAUUUGUUUGAUUUUUAAUCACUUUGCUCGUCAUGUUUUAGUCAUGUGGGAAGCCGUCAACGCUCAAUUCCAGACACUCUUUCGACCUGCCUCUGAACUUUUGAACGGGGGAUGACUGCAUUAGUAGGAUAGUUCACUGGGACUUUAGGCCUGGGAGUAUGUUUGCGAUAUAAAUUCUUCUUGAUGUGAUCCUCUGUUUCCUCAUCCGACUCGCUGAUCUUGCAUAAACUACC